AUGAGCAGAAAGCGGCAGCUAACGAUGGAGGAGGCGUUUGGUGCUGGUGGUACCAUCAGAAGGUCGGUGGGUGAUGGCCAUGAUGAAGGUGGAGGUGAUCUGCCUCGGCCUUCAGUUGGCAAAAAGCCUAAGGCUACGGCUAAAGCUACUGCUAAGCAUCUGGCCGUUGGCGGGAGUCCUUGCCGCGCACGUCGCUCCAGAGCCGCCGCGCGCAGUUCCAGUGGUCCACGUCGGUCCAGAGAAAGUUCCUCGUCGGAUACAGGCUCUUCAGAGCUAUGGGAACCUGAAGCUGACCCAAACAGCAGUGACUCAUCCCCCGAUUCCCCCAGAGCAACCGGCAGAGCAGUAAGCAGAGUGCUGGCCCAAUCCAGGAGUACUAAUGCUGGUAAAAGGAGGCCUACAGGCGCUACAUUGAGCAGAGGCGCUGCCAGCGUGAGUCCUGCAAAUACAGGUGUGAAGAAAAGAGGUAGGAAUAUCUUUCUCUACAUCACAUCAAAUCAAUGA